GGGAGCUUGGACCUUCACCCCUCGGCAAGCGCCGCAAUGGACGAACUGCACGAGAAGCCCGACAGCAGCAUCGCGUGCCCCUCGCCUGCGACUUGUCUCCUGCGCUUCUAUUCGCGGCUUCGCACGGUUCCUAAUAUCCGAAGAGAGCAGCCGAAGGACUUACAAUUCUAACAGUGCAGCCACAGACGACAAACAUCGCGAAUCCUCCAGGCGCCCGUCUCGUAUCGCAAACCUCCGCCAACCGCCCCGUCAACGCUCAAUUGAAUCGCGAUAUAGAGGCAUGGUGUGAAAGAGCUGGAAUUACUGUGCUCUAGAUAUCUCCAGAGCCCCACCAUAGAUGCGCGCGUGAAGCGAUGCUUUGCGGACAGCGAGCCUCAUGAGCUCAGAUUCGGGAGAGAGCCCUACCAGCGCUCACAAUGUGGACGAGGACGAGAUAGACGUGGGCUCUCCAGCACCGGAAUCCCCGACGGAGCUACAGGCUGAAGAGGAGGGGGCUGUGGAAGACAGCCAUGGCGCACAAGAAGACGGGGAGGAGCUUGCGUCAGUAGGAAGCGGCACGAAUGCCAUGUCCUUCGCAAGACGGCGGAGCCAACCAGAGCAACAGGAGGAAUCUGCUUCAGAGCCAUCUAUACAAGCGCCAGUGCAGAGACCGAGGAGCCCGGAAUCGACAUCCACCCCCGAUGAUACACCCUCGAUACAGGGCUCUCUACUCUCUUCCCCCGGCAGCAGCGUACCAGCUUCACACAGCUCUCUGCGACCCCACCGUCCGACCUCGCUCCAGCCUUUCGAGCGCCGAUUCUCCGCUCGACUUUCUCCCUCGCCGCUAGCGUCACCUCGCAUAGUCUCUAGCCCCGCCUUUCUUUCCUCACAUUCGCGACAAUCUUCGGUAUCAAGUAAUCUGCUCUUCCAGCAGCAGCCGGACGAAACGGAUACACCACAGGCGCCAUGGGACGUUGUGCGGUGGACCAAGCUAAAGAAGAUCACUGGGCAGGUCUUCUCGGAAGUCGGAAAGCGCAACUUCGGUCGACCGACAUGUCUAAGUGUUACAGCGUCGCUUGUCAUAGGGACCUCCAAAGGCUUCAUUCUCGUGUUCGACUAUCAGCAGGUCCUCAAGUCUAUCAUAGGUCCUGGCACGAAAGCCAUUGAGUGCGGUCCUGUAACUGCUCUAGCUCUCUCUGCAGACCACUCAACCGUUGCCGGGGGCCAUGCGACUGGGCACAUCUUCACCUGGGAGCUCUCCAGGCCAGCAAAGCCAUUUCUUCACAUACCGCCUAUAGAUCGGAGUUCCAUAGACAAUCGACGGUCAGAUAGUCAUGUCUCAGGGGUUGCUAUUCUGCAUGUUGGCUUCCUUGGCACCCGUCAUACGGCGCUCGUCUCCGCGGACGACGGCGGCAUGGCCUUUUCUCACCUCGCCACCCGGGGGUUAGGAGCCAUUGCAAGAACAGUCAAGAUCACGCGCAUACUGGGAAGAUAUCCCUUGUCGGAAGCGUCCUUGGAACGACCACGCAAGCCGAGCUCUGUUCUUGCCUUCUCUCCUCUUCCGCUCGGAAACGUAGAGCAGCCAACAGACGACAUGGGGCUCACGGCUCUUCUGACGCCUUACUUACUGGUCAUUGUUUCUACCACGCCAAUUGCGCAAACCCAGCACAAAGCGUCUAGACCAAAGGAGAUCGCUCCACACAGCACGCUGAGUGGAUGUCUCGCGUGGUUCCCGGCGGUGAAGCUAAAGAAUCCUUCCGGAGACCCCAAUAAGGCUGUCUCGAAAACGAAACUCGUGUACUGCUGGUCAAACAUUCUGACUGUGUUAGACGUGGACUGCAUUGUGGCUGCCCCCACGGAAAAGGAGAAGCCGACUGAGCUCAAAUUCAGACCACGCAGUCGAUGGAGAAGCGAGGAAGCCAUUGUUGCAGUACAGUGGCUAAGCAGAUCAGUUCUUGGUGUGCUUACUAUCAGCCAGCGUCUGCUCAUUCUCGAAGACAAUACUUUGAGAGUGACUGACAGCUUCGACCUGUUACACAAGCACAUCUACCAUUCAGACCUGUUUUCUCGGCAGCUGAGGCCCGUCGUCGAGCAGCUGGAUGAAGCAGACACAUCCAUGCAUGGAGUUGUUGCGGAUGCAUUUUACAUGAGCUUCCGAGCUUAUAAGGGGCGGCUGUUCCUGCUAGGCUUUAAUGAUGUCUCCAUAGGUACUCUAUCGAACUGGGCCGACCGUUUAGUUGCGCUCAUGGAGGCUGGAGAUUUCAUUGCCGCUAUCAGCCUGGCCACGUCUUACUAUAUCGGCGAUGCGGACAGGCUAACGGUAGGCCUUCCGGAUGACGACAAAACUCGACACGCUCUCGUCCAGGAGAAGCUGCUCGAGAUGAUCUCAGCUUCCUUGAAAUACACCUUUUCCCACGAAGAUAGUGAAGGUCAAGCACACGAGAAACGAUUCAAGGAGCUCGCCGAGGUUUGCUUCACCGGUCUUCUGAGUAUGAAAGAGCUCGACUUUCUGUUCGAAGAUGUGUACGAUGCCUUUGAGGAGGGUUCUGCCGAGAAGGUGUUCUUCGAAACGCUUGAGCCUUAUAUCGUGGACGAGGAGAUCACUGCUGUUCCUCCGAAUGUGCUGAAAGACCUGAUAGCGUUCAAUGCCUCCUCCGGUCGCGCCGCCCGCCUCGAAGAAAUGAUCUGUCGUCUGAGCACCGACACCAUGGAUAUCAACCAAGUCACCACCCUCUGCCAGCAAUACAAUUUGUACGACGCGCUCAUAUAUGUCUGGACGAGUGCCAUCGGCGACUUCAUUACACCGCUAACUCACAUCCUCUCGCUCAUCAAAGUCGUGGAUUUCGAUGUGGACGAAACAGAGAAUAUUUACAUGGCGUCGGCGAUGAAGAUAUUCCCUUAUCUGGCUUAUACUUUUACGGGACGAGUUUACCCCGGUGGCACGCUAAUGGACGACGAUCAAGCCUACAGCGCGAAGAAAGACAUGUAUCGAUUCUUGUUCUCGGGAAAGAAUCUAGCAUGGCCUCCAGGCUCGGGUGAUAUCGUAUUGACGCGCACUGACAAAGGUCCUGAGCCGCCCUUCCCUUAUCUGCGCCUCGUCCUGGAGUUCGAUGCUAUGAGCUUCAUGAGCAUGCUCCAUGAGGCAUUCGAGGACAGUUUUCUGAACGGAGAGCAGGACGCUGUGAACGGCAACCACGUCAACGGGACACAGCACGACUCCGCUCUUACGCCCACGCGACAAUACAUCAUCAACAUUCUCCUAGGCAUCAUGACGACAGAUAACUUCGACCCCGAAGACAUUAUCUACUUCUACAUGUUCAUCGCUCGAAAUCUGCCAAAGUACCCUCAGCACAUUAUCCUCCCUGGGACGUCUCUACAUCAAAUCCUCGUCGGACUCUGCAACUAUCCCACGGACGUUGUCAAAGAAGACUGUCAGCUAUCGGCCGAAUAUCUCCUCUCUAUAUACCAUCCGCCAAACAUCCAAGCCCUCGUUCCUCUCUUUGAGAAAGCUGGAUUCCAUCGCGUUCUCAAAGCGGUAUAUCGCGGCUCACAGCAGUACGCUAAGCUUGUGGACACCUACCUUAACGAUACGGAGGACAGAGAGGCAGUUUUCGGUUGCAUCAGCGACUGCUUACGGCCUAGUAAAGGCCUCAUCAAAAAGCAGAUCAACGAAGUCAAGGCGGUCCUCGUGAAUCGAGCAAGGGAUUUGGUCGCUGUAGACCCUGCUCGUGCCUCGCAAACACUAAACCAAUACGCGCCUGACCUUCUGAAGCCAGUGCUAGAUGCCCUAGAAGAUGAGUCGGAUGCCCAGUAUCACUACCUCAAAGCUAUCAUCGAGCCCGACGAGAACGGCCAAAGGGAACCCCACACCAUAAGCGAAGACCUUCCCUCCGGCUUCACAGAACGCUAUGUCCAGAUCAUGUGCAAGUACAACAGCACCCACGUCGCAGACUUCGUCAGCCUCCUGAAGUCUGGCGACUUGCAGCUAGAUCCCGUACUCCCCGCUCUAGAGAAGAGUGGCGUCAUCGACGCUGCAGUCGUUCUGAUGGCGCGGGAUGGCCUCGUUAGGGACGCAAUGGAGCGGCUAGUCAAGCACCUGGGUACUCUUGAAACCGCCCUCACUGGCCUGGUGAGCGCAGCUGCAGUGACGCCGGAUCCAGCGAAUACAGAAGAGGCGGUACAGGAUCUACUCGAGGAUAUUCAGAAGUAUGUCAGGGUGGGUAUCUGGCUAUGUCAAGGACAGACACGCUCUAUGGAACGGCCGGCCGAAAGCUUGAUCGACAGGCGGAAAUCAGCAUACGGAGAAGUUCGCGAAGAGGAGCUGGCGCUCGACGAAUACCUCUGGCUCGAACUAGUCGACACAGUCGUGAGACUUAUCAAAAACGUCGCUGUCGCGAUUUCGGAACUCCAGCAAACGCUCGCGUCCUCACAUAGCAAUCAAGCCCAGCCCAUCGAUACCGCGAAGAUAACCACAACCCUCCGCUCCGCAGUCCAGCGAACAUUCUCCGCCCUCCUAGCCUCGACCACCAUCCCACCAAAGGCGACCUCUACAACAACCACGUCCCAGCCAUCAACGUCAACCUCCUCCACCACCCGCCCGCCUCUCACACCCCGUAAAUCCACCCAACUCCAAACAAACCCCUCCUUCCUCCGCAUCCUACGCGUCUUCCUCACCCGCGCAACCCACACCUCCCCCUCUCUCUCCGACCUGCGCGCCGUCCUCUCCGAAAUCUUCUCUGCCUACACAUUCGAAGAAACCAUCCUCAGUCUCGCAAACCGCUUCCUCGACAAAGAAGGCUUCGAGCAAGUGCGAGAAAUCAACGAGCUAAGGCAGCGGGGCUGGCGGCCUAGAGGCCAGGUGUGCGAGGGGUGUCGGAGACGGGCUUGGGGACCGGGCGCGGGAGGCGCGAUUUGGGAGGCGUGGGAGCGAGCGGAGGGCGAGCGGGCGCGCAAGAGGUUAGAGGUUGCGAGUGAUGAGGCGGGGGGUAAGGGUAAAGGGAAGCGCGCGAGGGUGGAGGAUGACGGCGUGGGCGAGGGGAGUCAGGCGGGGGCAUUGGUGCUGUUUGCGUGUAGGCAUCUUUGGCAUAGGGCGUGUUUGGAGAAGGCGAGCGCUGCUGGAGAGGGAGAUGGCGAUGGAGCGAAGAAGCAGGAUGGUGCGAAAGUGAGGUUCAAGUGUCCGCUUUGUGUAUAGCUUUCUCUCGUAUGUAUAGCUUAGCGUUGAGGUUUGUAUCUACAUUAUUAUUUUUUUCUACGCUGACGGUCAAGGUUUGGGGAGAAGAAAUUUUGUUUUCUCCGCCACGGACCCUGACGUUUGGGUUUUUUUUCCUGAGUGAACUGAUUGAGUCCGCGAGGAUGACGUCAAGGAAGAGAACUAUUUGAGGAAGACUGAGCGUCUGUCCUUCCUAAUGAGUUAUUUUUUUCUGGAGGGGGUGGGAGAAGGUUUUCACGACUUAACCGUUUCAGGUGCAUUCGGGGCAUUACUAUCGGGACUUUAGUGUUCACCAUUAAGGAGCGGUAUCAGUGACGUCGUGUGUCAUAAUUGUUGAAUUUUCUAGAUACGUGGAUACGUAGCACUCCGGCAUUGGGAUUCAGAGGACCAGAUGCGUCCUUAGGUGAGGCACGUCCUCGCUGAGAGUGCCU